GACACAGCUGUCAGUAAUGAAAAUUUUCAGUGAUAGCCCAACACAAACAUGAAAUUAUACGAAUUGUUGAACUUAAUGCUGUUAUUGUUUGUGUGGCAUCUGGAGUCGAUCAGCGGGCAGCCGAGUCCUUCAACCAACAUGCCGUGCAUGGAGCGCUGCAUGAUGAACUGGCAGAACGAGGUGGCCAAUGCCCAAAUGGAGCUAAACGUGGAUCUAGACCAGCCGCAAUAUGAGCAGAUGCUGCAAUUGGAACAAGAGCAACUGGCGGAGUGUCGGCUAAGUGUACACUAUUUUGAUUGUACUCUAAAAUGCAUGUUUGAUAAGUUUACACUGCCGUUUAGAUGUAGACAACAAUCGUAAAAUCCAUUCACUUAUUUGAUUUAACAAAACAGAUGUAGCAUACUUUUUUGGGCUAAAUAAAUAUACUCUUAU